UAUCGUAUAAAUAGCGACUUGACUUGUUCUCGAUUCUUCUUCUUCUUCUUCGUUUUCUUCUCAGAGAAGCUUGUGAGGAACGAAACGUGUUUUAAUGGCGGAAGCACUCGUGGUAGAUGGAGAUUACCUCAAGGAGGUGGAGAAAGCUCGUCGAGACCUUCGCGCUUUGAUCUCCAGCAAGAAUUGUGCUCCUAUCAUGCUUCGUUUGGCGUGGCAUGAUGCAGGAACUUAUGAUGUUCAUACCAAAACUGGAGGUCCCAAUGGCUCAAUCAGGAAUGAGCAUGAAUUAGGCCAUGGAGCAAAUAGUGGCUUGAAAAUUGCCAUUAACUUAUGUGAGGAAGUGAAGUCCAAACAUCCAAAGAUUACCUAUGCUGAUCUUUACCAGCUUGCUGGGGUUGUUGCCGUUGAGGUCACUGGAGGUCCAACUAUUGACUUUGUUCCAGGAAGAAAGGAUUCUCUGGAAUCUCCUGAAGAAGGACGUCUUCCAGAUGCUAAACAAGGAGUAUCACACCUAAAGGACAUCUUUUAUCGCAUGGGACUAUCUGACAAGGACAUUGUGGCACUUUCUGGAGGCCACACAUUGGGCAAAGCACAUCCGGACCGAUCAGGCUUUGAUGGCCCUUGGACAAGUGAGCCUUUGAAGUUCGACAAUUCAUACUUUGUGGAGCUACUGAAAGGAGAAUCAGUAGGACUAUUGAAACUUCCCACAGACAUUGCUUUACUAGAUGAUCCGGCAUUCCGAGGCUACGUUGAGCUAUAUGCCAAGGAUGAGGAUGCGUUCUUCAAAGAUUAUGCGGAAUCACACAAAAAGCUCUCAGAGCUAGGCUUCAGUCCACUUCCCCCUGGCCCCAAGGAAGUUACAAAGUGUGGUGUAAUAAUUGCACAAAGUGCCGUGGGAGUGGCUGUUGCUGCAGCUGUGGUGAUCCUGAGUUACUUCUAUGAAGUUCAUAGAAAAAUCAAGUGAAUAAUAUGAAUGAAUAAUAAUAAUAAUAAUAGUAUUGGUCUAAGUAGUGGAAACAUUGAAGAUCAUUAAAGCAUAUUUUAAUCAAAUAAGUCCUCAUUUUAUGAUGUUGUAGUCUUGACCAUAUAAAACAACUCUGGCUUUUGUUCUAAUUUUAAUAUAAUACACAAUGAGGUCAUUAUAAACA